GUACAGUGAGGAAAGCUUCUACUCUCGCGCCGGGCAGCGGGCAGAUGACCGGAACCCGGAGAAGACGCAAUCUAGAGCGUCAUCAUCCAUCUCUUCGAUUCCUGCCGUCCGAUAUCGACCUUUCAACCACGGCAUACCGUCCGAUCCCAAUGCCUUUCCUCCCAGCAAAAAAAUAAAAAUAAAAAUAAAAAUGAAGGAAUCACGCGAUAAGGGUCGGUUAAAUUCCCUCUCCCUCUCCCUCUGUGUCUCUGCGCCCGGGGAGAUCUCUCGACUCCGAGCCCUCCUCUCUCCUCUUCCCUUCUCUUCUCGAACCUUAAGGUUUUCCGAACUCUAUCGGGCCAUCCCGAUCGGUUAGCUCUUCCUCGAACUCUCUCGAUUUCUAUUCCGAUCUGUCCGAGAACGAGGAUUCUCGAUUGGAUUGAGGUCUCGAAAUGAUCGGCUCCGGCUGCCGGUUGUUCGAUUCGGAUCGGUUAGGUUUUGACUCUGAUGAUUGAUUCCUUAGCAGGAAUUGAUUGGAAAAGCGCCGAUCGAUCGAUCGAUCUGUCUGUCCCGAGCUAGGAUUUCUUCGCCGGAGAUGGAGCAGGAGAGCCAGAAGAGGGAGGCUGAGGAGACCGAGUUCCAAACCCCCAACAUGCCAACCCUCUGCGCCAACAACUGCGGCUUCUUCGGAAGCCCUGCGACCAACAAUCUCUGCUCCAAAUGCUACAAAGACUACUUCUUGAGCAAGUCCAAGGCUUCCGUCGAGACUUUGCUGGUUCCGCCGCCGGUGGAGGCCAAGAAGGUCGAGGAGAAGCCUGCGGGAGGCGACGGGGAGGCCAAAGGUGGUAGCUUUACCGACGAAGCGGCUCCAUCGGAAGGAUCUCCGGUGAAGAAGCCCCCGAAUCGGUGCAGCUUCUGCAACAAGAGGGUCGGGUUGAUGGGGUUCAAAUGCCGCUGUGGGGAGGUGUUCUGCUCGCUUCAUCGAUACUCUGAUAAGCACGAUUGCGCCUUUGAUUACAGGGGCGCUGGGCAGGAUGCGAUUGCCAAGGCGAACCCGGUCGUGAAGGCCGACAAGGUCGAGAAGAUCUGACGGAGCGCGGCCAGCUGUGGAACAUCGGUAUUUUGUUGAGGCAACACCAAGCUGAUGAGGAGGAUGAUGAUGAUGAUGAUGAUGAUCACCUUGGUCAUGUUUAGAGUAAUGGGCCUGAUUGUUGGAUACUGUAGCAAUGAAUAUUAUUUGGCUUGCCACAUAUUAUCUGCAAUCACUAUGCACAUUGGUUAUGACAUCAUAUUUUAUCUGAACAUUUUUAUGGAAAGUAGACACUUGUGUUGUUCUUCACUUUUCGAUUAGAUGGAUAUGGAAUGAGUGGUUACUUUUGUCAUACUUCAGUUGGACCUUGCAAAGAGAGAGCAUUAACAUUUGAAAACACCUCAUAUGGGUGUUGCUGAUUAAUAUAGGUAGAUUCAAAGCAAAUCAGCCAUACAAUACAUAUAGUUGUUGGCGAUAAAUUUUUGAACUAUCUUGGUAA